UGGAGACUGCAAAAAAGAGAGUUGUAGGGAAGCGGUGUGUUGCUGCUGGAUGUAGCAACACAAACCAAAACACAACCGGUGUUUCAUUGUUUCUUUUCCCAAAAGAUGGCGGCCAAGCUUUACUAUGGAACAAAGAAGUCAAGCGAACACGGUUGGAUUGGACGACACAUACGAAGUACAGUGUAUUAUGCAGCGAACAUUUCGAAAGAUCAUGUUUCGAAGAGGGUCCCUUGCGAAUGGCAGAAAUGGGAAUCAGCACUCGUCGACUCGUGCUGAAGAAAGGUGCGAAGCCAACUAUUUUCGAUAGACCACGGACAAGUCCGGAGCACCCGACCCCCUCCACAAGCGGACAGACUGGGCACAUGAGGUCUGCAUUUGCCAAAAGGGAAAGGAAGAGGACAAUAGAUCAGAUCAUGGACAGUACGACUACGGCAUCAGUGGCGGAUGCGGUGGAUGAACCAAUGGCAAUGGCACUAGAUUUGCCUGAUGAGGAGGGCGAUCAAGAUCAGGGAAAUACAAGAGAACAAGGAUGCCAGACGGACUGGGUACCGAUUGGGACAGCACCAACAGCAAUGACCAGUAGCAAGAGCACCCAAACAGGGAAAAUACAUCAUAGAUCAAAGGGACACCAGGUGACCCCAGAUAUCCUCGAGAGGGUUAGAGCUCGGCCGGCCAGGGUUAGUGAAGUCCCAUUGUCAAGUGUAGCAGCUCCAUCUGACAGCCCCGAGAUGCAGACUAACAUAGCAGCUCCAGGUGCGUCUGGAAUGCAAGCCAAGCUACGACCACCUCCUGCAUUGUUUGAUGAAGGACCAGCAUCAAGUCCCACUGCGCCUUUUGUUAGUGGUUCUUCCGAUGACAGCUAUGUGCCGAGUGAGUCAACGACAUCGGAUCCGUGUCAAUCUGACGGGUCGCCAGAUCGCCCAUGUACUCACCAGAUGCGUGAAGAGGGCUGCCACAAGGAACCGAAGUACAUCAUCUUUGAGUCGUGCCUCCAGAGUCUCGUCAAGUGGUGUCACUGUCCAGUCUGUGGCAGCCAGGACAUAAGCCCUUCUUGGGAUUCGAACGGUACACAGCUGACCAUGACUCUUCAAUGUGCAUCAUGUGACCAGAGGAGUAGUUGGAGCAGCCAGCCAAACAUUGGCCCUUAUGCCGCGGGCAACAUCCUGCUGUCUGCUGGCAUCCUCUUCGCUGGGGCAUCUUCUGGCAAGGUGUUGCAAGUGCUGAACAGCAUCGGAGUGGUCACGUAUGUGAAGAGGACAUUUUUCAACCACCAGGAGCUCAUCCUGCAGCCAGCCAUCAAAAAGGUGUGGGAGGAACAGCAACGGACGCACCUCACCAUGCUGCAGGUGGAAGGCCGACCCCUCGUCCUUGGUGGUGAUGGGCGAGCAGACAGUCCGGGACACAGCGCCAAGUUCGGUACCUACACCACAAUGGAGCUUGUGGCCAAUGUGGUUCUCGACCUUCAGGUUGUACAGAGCAACGAAUGUCUUGUCAGCUACCAUAUGGAGAUGGAAGGACUGAAGAGGAUGGUGGAACUGCUGAUCAGCUGGGACCUGGAUGUCGGGGUGCUGGUGACAGACCGACACAGACAGAUCGCUAAAUGUAUUCGUGAAAACAUGCCCAAUACACGGCACUGCUAUGACAUCUGGCAUGUUGCAAAAUCCAUCGGAAAGAAACUGAAGGCCAUCGCCAAGCAUAAGGACUGUGAAGACCUGAAGCCCUGGGUGCAAAGUAUAAUCAACCACCUCUACUGGGCAGCAGUGUCUACACCGCCUGGAGAGGGGGAACUUCUGGUUGCCAAGUGGAAUGUGACCAGGACCGGCUUCGAGAUCAGCGACAGGUGCCUAGGUGACCCGGCUGAGAGUGUGAGUCGGGAAGGAGAGAGGGAGUUGUCGAUGGUGGAAGACGAGAAUGAGCACGAACGAGAGUGA